AGGAAGUGAGUUUGCAGUCUGAUGCAGCGCUGUCACCGCUCUGUGACAGGUCAUUGCUGUAAAUUCUUAUGAACAUGGUACUUCUCUAGUUUUGGACUCCGCUGCUGCCAGCAUGCCCUGUUUGGGCCACCAUCUCUCUCACCACACUUGAUGCCAUCGCUGCAGGCCAGCUGCAAGUCCCACAGACUGGAGGAUGGGGAAUAUUAUGAGAGGUGAGAGUGCCAGGAGCAAGGUCAACACAGACAGCCCCGACAGCCCUUUAAAAGCUCCGGAAGAGGACAUUGUGGUGGUGAUUCAGGACUACCCGUCGCCUGAAAUCAGCGAGCCGAUCUUCAGGAUGGGGGAGAAGCUCAGGCUCAUUGCUCAGGAGGCUUACUUAUGGAGAGUACGUUCUGUCCAAACACAAAAAGAGAACUACAUACCCAGCAGCCAUGUGGCAAAAGUGUAUCAUGGUUGGCUGUUUGAGGGGGUGGAGAGGCAAAAGGCCGAAGAUCUGCUGAGUCUACCUGUGAACAGGGUGGGCUCCUUCCUGGUGCGGGAGAGCUCCAGGGAGAGGGGUCUGUAUUCACUCUCAGUGAAGCACCGGAUCGUAAAGCACUAUCGUAUCUUCAGACUGGACAACAGCUGGUACUACAUCUCCCCUCGCCUCACUUUCCAGUGCCUCGAAGAUAUGAUCAACCACUACUGUGACUUUGCAGAUGGCCUUUGUUGUGCAUUAACCACCCCCUGUCUAUCCGGUGUGACCCCGCCGUUAGAGGCAGCUCCUGUACCUCCACCUGUAGUCAUGCGACGCAACUUUGACUGGAAGAAACUAGACAGAAAACAGCUGGUCAGCACAGACAGCUGCAGUGACAACAUGGUGAGCUACGGAGUUAGGAACAGCAUUGCCGCCUACCUGUCCUUUUCUGGGAGUAAAGACCCCGCACAGACGAGAGCAGAGAGCAGGAAGAAGAAGAGCAAAUCUGUUUAUGCUCUUCCUGAAAAUGGCCUCGGAAACUUUGACUAUGAUGAUGACUUCUAGAGACAGCAGUGGGGGUUCAGAAGACUGGAAUACCUUCAAGUGGAGGGCAGUAGAGGGCAUCCUUCUCUCAAAUCCACCACAUUUUUAAUGUUGGCAGUAAACAGACAUUUGUGUCAAGCACCCCAAACAAAGUAUGCUGUACUUUUUAAUGUUAAUACUUUUAAGUACUUAAACGAUAAAGUAUGGCCACACACACUUGGACUCAGCUGAUGAGACAGAACUUUAUGGAACUGAACUGGACAAUGGUGCAAUUAAACUGUGAAGUGUAUUCUGCCCUUGAGCCUGAAAUACAGACGACCCAGCAUAAUGACGGUAUAAAAGAUACCUGAAUGCUACGGGUAUUGUUGGGUUAUAUUAAGACAGAAAUUAUUAUAUGCGUCUUUCAAACUAUUUUGAACCAUUUUCUUAACAUAGAAAUAUGGUUCUUAAUAAAUGUUUUUUGGUAAAGUGGUCAUUCGUGGAACCAACUUGAACAUGCAUUCAUUUAAUUACAAACAUUUUUUUGGCCACUUUGAAAUAGGGGUGGGCAAUUUAUCAAAUAUAUUUGAGGUAUCGGGACUUGUUCUACAUGCAAUAUAUAAAAUGACUAUAUGACAGACA